AUGGCAAAAAAAGCCUACAUCUUAGCCCCCAACUUCACCACCUCCCCCUCCUCCCUCCGCCUCGGCGACAUCCUCCCCGACCCCCUCAGCCCGGACUUGAUACCCCUAAACCGAAAAUCGCGACUCCCCAUCAACCCCGACGACCUGCUACCCCCAACAACAGUAACUUCCUUCUCCUCCACGCGGAAAGACCUCCUCACCGGCCGCUUCGGCCUUUGGACCACCCUCCUCGCCGGCCUCAACCUUCCGAUGGGCGCCGACCUCGGUUUAUUCCUCGAGCGCGGCUCCAACGACGUGAUACAAGUCCCAGAGCUCGAAACAGGGGAGUUUGUCGCGACGGAGGAGUAUAUACAGCGGGUGUCGGAGCAGGAUGAUGUAAAGGGGUAUUUGACGGAGAGAAGAUACCGCGCGCCGGUGUAUAUCGUUACUGGUGUCAAGAUUGCCAGGGGGGCAUCGGUGUCGUUGGAGAGGACACGGGAGGUAGAUGCACGAGUGGGGGUGUCGGGGCCGGAGGGAGUGGCGGAGGUGAAGCCGUUGCUGCAAAUUGGGAGCAAUAGACUCCAGGGUGUCGCUUUUGAUACAGCGAGCGAGUUUGUUCUGGCGUUUCAGGUGAGGAGGAUUAAGUUUGCGAGGGGGAGGGUGCAACAUGAGUUGAGUUUGAAGGGGACGAGUAUGUUGGGUGAUGAGAGGGAGGAUGUGCAAGAGUGGAAGGUGGAGUCGGUGGAUGAUUUUGUGGGUGAGGAAGAUGAGGUUGAGGUUCUUGAGGAUUCGGAUGGGGUUCAAUGGGCGGUUGCUAGGGAGUUUGAGGACUGA